AUGGAACUAUCCACAUCUCUUGCCAGUCAUUUGACUCUUACCGACAACCCUGCCAUGUCCGGGACCGGCCCCGUUCUACCGCCGGAAGUACUCGUCCAGAUCAUUCGCGAUGCUUAUAGAUUCGACGAUGAGAAGUCCACUAUUUUUUCCUGCUUGCUGGUGAGCCAGGAAUGGCGGGACAUGGCGCUUCCCUUUCUCUACAAGGACUUGGUACUCGCAGGCAGUGGUCAGAUGGAACGCUUUCUGGACUCCCACAACAGCUCGGCCGUCCGCUCCAUCACACGCUCUCUGACCAUCUAUCUUAGAGAGUGCUGUAACCCCAGUUCAGAGUUGCAAGAGCGGAUUGAUAACACGGUCUGUCGGCUGGCCAAGGAAGUCAUCCCGAACAUAGCGGCACUCAAGUCUUUUUCCCUGACAACAAACUGUCGAGACUUCAAACUGGGCAUACUCAGGAAGACCAUCUCAACCGUUCUCGAAGCCCUCCCCCAAAGCUGUGUCAACUUGGAGCUGGAUACAGGAGGAAAAGACGAAGCCUCAUUCUGGCUUGCUUAUCACGGCAGAAACCGCCUAGAAGGUGUUUCCCAUUUGUGCCAUGAUUUGCGCCGCAUGCUACCUCGCAUGCACAAUGUCCGCAUCAACCUCAAGUCUAUGUGUGACGCCAUGUUUGGAGGACGAUUCCCAGACCAGGGUUUUCACUCUAUCGAUCUUCCACACAUCCGACAUCUCCUCAUCGAAACGUCGGGUACAGGCGCUAGACCACCGUGUCCAACAUCCCCUCGAAAAGAACACUCUGCCUGGCGCCAGAUAAUCCGAGCGUUGCAGCACGUGGCAGGAUCACAAGAAACUGCCCCAGGCGAGCUCACAGUCUUGGGAACAGCUAUCGAGAUUUCUCGAGCUGGAACGUUCUACCAGACGCUGAUGCGUUGCCAUGUGAGAGGUGGUGAUGAUGGGCUUACAACGUUCGCAUUCCCUGCUACGGAUGUUCCAUCGCCAAACAGCAAUUACAAGCGCUCCCUUCUUGUGCGGACCGAGGAAGGGGGUUUCGUGGUGGAUAGAAUCGAUUCGUAUUACGACAUAGCCGGAGGACGUCCAUGGAGGUUGGCAGCCAAUGGCGCGAGGCUACCAGUCUCUCUUUUCCCUGAUACCAUUUGGGCCUCAGAUGGACAGCUUGGCAUCGUUACCGAGGCGAAGUGGAGGGAGAGAUACCCAGCAAAGGAAUGCACUCUGUGGGAGAAGGAGAGGGAAAUGGGGAUGCGAUUGGUGGAUUUUGAGGAGCGCAAGAAUGAUAUCAGGUUGAGAACUGUGGUGGAGAGGUCGCCCGAAGACGUAGCACUCGGAAGGCCGUUUGUGAGCCCUGGGGAUGUUGAUUCGGAAGAGGAAGAGGAUUCACAGUGGUAA